CUCAAUCUGCCGAGGUUCGAGGUUUGCCGAAUGUGUAUUUCACAACAACCGCUUCCUGUGUUCGAAUUUCCUUGAUGGAAAGUUGGCGCGGAAGCUCAAAUCUUUGGAAUAUGUGAAAAACAUUCAUUAAAAUCAACAUGUCAACAUAAAUGAUAGGUCCGACUUGAUAACUGUCUGACUUGUAAUCUAAAGGUGUUAAACAUGGUUAAAGAUUACUGUGUGUCAAAUGUUUUAGAUUGGCUACUUUCAUUUUGAUGAAACGCAUCGGUUUGUUUUCAUGCGGUACGUGGCCUAGUAUAUAGAACUUGUGAUCAGCAUGGAUAAAACAUCAUCUCGGUAAUCAAAUCACAAACAGAAAGGAAUAAUACAAAAUGUCAGACUCCAAGAAAAAUCAACCUGAGAAGAAAAAGAGAGCACAAGAUAAUGGAUGGGAGGAAAGGGGAGGGUACAUGGCAGCAAAGAAACAGAAGCUGUAUGAUCAGUUCACGGAUGGAGGACGGACUCUCAAAUCCAACAUUUUCCAUGGGAUUGUGAUCCAUGUGGAUGGAUACACCAAGCCAUCCUCAGAUGAGUUGAAAAAGAUCAUGCAUCAACAUGGAGGCCAUUAUGAACAUUUUCUGUACAAGAGGAAAGUGACUCACAUAAUUGCUACUAGUCUUCCUAAUAGUAAGAUCACAAAGGGACUGAAACACUGUAAGGUGGUCAAGCCAGAGUGGAUUACUGAAAGUGUUGCUGCUGGUAGACUUCUGUCAUAUAUUCCCUAUCAACUCUACACAGGUCAGACCAAACUCCAGCAGGGGUUGUCUGCCUUUGCCACAGAGUCCUCCACCAAAAUAUGUAACUCCACCAUAGCCGGUAUCUGUACCAAGAAUUCCCUCAGCAGAAACCUGGCGGGUGAUAACAGCAGAAGUGGAAAUUUAGCAGAGAAGGCUGAUGAAGAAGAGGAGGUGGAUGAGGAGAUGAAGAAAAGGAUGGAAAAGAUUGUGAAGGAAGUGGAAAGUGGAUCAGAGGAGAGUGAUUCAGACAAUGAGUUUGGGAGAUACAUUGUUGAGGAAACUGGACAAAAACAGGCCAUUCUUGAUGACUCAUUGACAAAUGUUAGUCUAGAUGAAAUUGAAGCUUCUACGUCGUGCACAAUGAACAACCGAAUAGCAGCACUUCCCUCAGGAUCUUUAAAAGUCAGAACUGAUGCUAAUGAGUCUGUUUCUAAUGCAAUGAAAAGCCCCUCUCCUAACAGUAAGCCUCAUGGCAAAGCAGGGGAUCCUCAUUAUCUGAGUGAGUUCUACAACAAUUCAAGGCUCCACCAUUUAUCCACGUGGAAGUCUGAGUGGAGAGAAUAUGUCAGCAAGAAGUCGAAAGAGCUGACAAGUUUUCCAGGCAGACAGGCUCUGAUCAAGAUUGUGGAUGAGCAUGCAGCGAACUUGGAGUCCAGGGACAUGGAUUAUGGUGGCUCUAUGGCAGCCGCGUCAGCUAAACCAGAACGCGUCAUCAUGCACGUGGACAUGGAUUGCUUCUUUGUGUCAGUUGGUCUGAGAAAAAGACCAGAUCUGAUUGGUAAACCUGUGGCUGUUACACAUUCUAAGGGUCAAGGCAAAAAAGGACCGGUUCCUGGCUCAGACAUUGAAUAUGAACAGAGAAUGUGGAGCAUCAAGAAAAGUAAGAACACGGCGACAAAUCCAGACCAGCGAUCCGAUCCGGAUCCUAGUGUGGAAGGGUUCGGAAGGAAGGGAAACCUGGAUUCGUUCUCCUCCAUGUCUGAGAUAGCUUCCUGCAGCUAUGAAGCCAGGCAGGCUGGUGUGAAGAAUGGAAUGUUCAUGGGCCCAGCCAAGAAAUUGUGCCCAGACUUGCAGACUAUUCCUUAUGACUUUGAUGGCUACCAGGAAGUCUCUCAAAUACUCUAUGAUACUGUGUUAAGUUUCACUCACGACAUUGAGGCAGUAAGCUGUGAUGAGAUGUUGGUAGAUUGCACAGAUCUGCUAGCAGCCACAGGGGCUGACCCAGGGCAGUUUGCCUCUCUACUACGGAGACAGAUACACCAGAAGACUGGCUGUACAGCUUCUGCUGGGAUGGGAGGAAAUGUUUUACUGGCAAAAAUGGCCACCAAGAAGGCAAAGCCAAAUGGACAGUUUUAUUUGAAGGGGGAUGAUGUGAUGGACUUUAUGAAGGAUCAAUCAGUUCAGAACAUCCCAGGUGUUGGGUGGUCAAUGAACAGGAAGCUGAAGUUGAUGGGGGUCACGACCUGUGGUCAGCUACAAGAGAUCCCCCAGUCCACCCUACAGAAGGAGUUUGGCCCCAAGACAGGACUGUCCCUGUACAGGGGAUGCAGGGGUCAGGACGACCGACUGAUCAAAACCAACCAAGAGAGGAAAUCCGUGUCUGCUGAAGUGAAUUAUGGGAUCAGAUUCAAAUCGAAAAUGGAGGCAGAUAAGUUCAUCAGAGAUUUGUCAGAAGAAGUUCACAAUCGUCUGCAUGACAUUGGAAUGAAGGGGAGAACUGUCACCUUGAAGCUAAUGGUCAGAAGGGAGGAUGCUCCUCUAGAAACUGCAAAGUUCAUGGGUCAUGGAAUUUGCAACAACAUCUCAAAGUCUUCCAUGUUACCGUUGUCUACUGAUGAUGCCAAUUUGAUUUACCAAGAAUGUAUGACUAUCUUGAAUGGAUUGCGACUGAACUGCUCGGACUUGCGAGGGAUUGGGAUCCAAGUCCAGAAGCUAGAGUCAGCAAUAGUCGGUGGAAGUCAUCAGAAAAAAUCCCAGAGCAUUCUCAAUUUUACCACUAGCACAAAAAUUUCAAGUACAAAAGCUAGUCCUCAUAAAGCAAGUGUCUCGGAAACUCCCCAAAAUAAUACAAUCAUUAAACCUGCUACAUCUUCAACAUCAGCAAACCAUGCAAGUGUCGGUGAUACAACUAGUCAUAAGAGUAAAUCGGUGGAAACUAUAAGUCACAUCGGAACGGAUCCGGAUGAGAGACACUGGACUGAUACAUUAAUACAUCUGGAUCGGGAAGUGAGUCCCGAUAAAGGGAGUCCUGAGGGAGCAUUAGAACUACACAGACACAUAGAGAAUGCUUUCUCACAGAGACCGAAUAAUGGGGAUAUUGCCCAUGAUGAGGGAGGAAAUUUUCUGGAGGGAGCAGUUUGUCAGGACCUCCUCUCUGAACUGUCUAGAAGGAAAACUGCCAACAGGUUUUUGCCUCCUUUGCCAACGCUUGACAUUCCCUCUACACCAGAAUACAAGCACCUGCUGAACAAACCCAGUACCUCUAGUGCAGCAGGCCAGGGCACACCUACAACAAAUGGUGCAUCAGUAGAUUACUUCCCCUCACCAUCCCAGAUUGAUCAGGAUGUUUUGAGAGAAUUGCCUCCAGAAAUUCGAGCCCAGAUUGAGAAUGAGAUGCAGAGCUUGAGACGUGAACCUCGACAGGCGAGACAGAAGGUGCCCAAUUACAAUGAGGAGCCCGGGUGUUCCCACUGGACCUCGACGGAACCUCCAGCAUCACCCAGGACCUCAGCCCCCAUUGUUCCCCUCCCUGACCUUUCCCAGUUAGAUGAGAGCUGUUUGAAUGCUCUCCCUGAUGACAUGCAGAAAGAAAUCAAAGAGGCCUACCAGAAUCAACAAAAACAACAACAAAGUCUACAGUGUCUCUCCACUGUGCUGAAAUCGCCACAGAAGACCUCUCCAAAAGGGAAGUCACCCCGUAAGACCAGUCCACACAACAAAGGGAGGUCACCGGGGAAGCACAGUCCCCAGUUCAAGGUGCCCCGGGGUCGUCCUGGCAGGGGACGUCCCAAGAAACUGGAGUUUCGUCAGCGAGGUCAGCCUACCAUAUUUUCUGCAGUGACUGGUAGACAGGAAACUAUUUUAAGUGAAUUUGCUUCAAGUGAAGCAAGUCUACCUGAGAUUAGUGAGAAAAAUAUUGACAAAGAGGAAAAUGAUCCUGUGAGAGUGAAGUCCAUAGAAAUGGACACUGCACCCGUCAAUCUGUGUGGUGCUGUCACCAUUGCAGAAGUUAGAUCACUGUUAAAGGAGUGGAUCCAGAGUUCUCCAGAACCAGAAGAAGAUGAUGAAGAGGUGGUAACGAGCUACCUUCAAAAUUUGAUUAUGGACAAAAACUUGGAACAAGUAGAUCUUGUUAUCAAAUUUCUUAAAAGGCACAUUCAAAGGAUAGAGAACACAAAUUGGGAGACCUCUUUUGAGAAAAUUGUGACGGAUAUUCAGUCUUUCAUGAAAACUUACCAUGGGGCAGAGCUUAAGAUCUGUUGACCCCUCAAAACCACUGUUUGGCAGAGAUCAAGAUAUUUAUGCCAUUCAACCAUACAAGGGAACAAAGUUAUGAGUAAAUCAAGUUACAAACUUGCCGAUUGGCUGAGGUCAGGACAUAUUGACCUCAUAAAAGAUCCAAUCUAGUGAUCCUAUUAUUUUAUCAAAGGACAGAGCUCAAAAUGUUGUUGACUUGAAAAUUUAUCAAAACAGGAAGCAAAAAUUUCAUGUUGAACCCACAAAGUUAGGCAAAGCUUAAUAUUAACCUUAAAGUGUAGCAGGUUUUUUCAAGGGUGUUAAUUUUG